AUGCGACCGCGCGACAUUCAAGCCUGGCUUCGCGGCGCGCACGAUGUCGAUGCGGACCCUCCGUACGACUCUGACGAUGAUAUGCAGCCUCACACCCAAACUUCGCGGAGCGAUGUGGGCACGUGCGGAACGUUUGACUGGGACGAUUUUACCGCGCGCGCAGCGCAAGUGCUGCACUCGACAAAACGCAAGCCGCGUGCAACUCUGCUGGAGACGUAUUUGCCCCAGAUUUCAUGCGAUGCAACAACGAUGUCUGCACAGCGACUCGAGGUGUACCAGAUGCUGUACAAAGCGUACCUCUUCCACACCGAGCGUUCCACGCGCCUUGCACUUCUUCGCAACGGCGCGUUGCUACUGGAUGCAGAUACCGCGCUUGUAGAUGCGCCGUGGAAGAGUACGCUUUUGCAGGCCGCAUCCAAGCAUCUCCAGAGCGAGGCGGAGCGCGUAUACAAUGCAAAAAGCCACGUCGGCGCACCACGCAGCGCAAUGGCCGCUGUGCAUGCGUGGCUGUGCAUGCUGCUCACCGCGCUCGUACGCAGCGAUGUACCUGGCCUUGGCGAAGCACCCGUUUGGGCUCCGCUUGUCCGCACUUUUGCGCACAGCUACGAUGCGCUGUGCUCGACACAGCCAGCAGGGCGCCGCGACAAGCUUUUGCCGGGCGAACUGCACCGUGCGUGGCGCAUGCUCCGUGCAGGCCACACACACCUCUCCUUAUUCCUGCAAACGCUGCUGGCCGUGCCGGAUACGUAUGCGUGGCGUGCUAUUUCCACGCUAGGCCUUGUGCUCGGCGUCUGCUACCGCAUGCCGCCCGACCGCAGCGCGGCGAUUGUAUCCGCCCACAAAAACGCAAUUUUGCAGUAUUAUACCACGCACGUUCUCAGUGCCAAGACAAGCGUUUCAGCGCAUGUCCUGCAAGCACUCGUCCCCUUUUUUCGCGCUGACGUUACGCAGCACGCCAUCGAGCUGCACGUCUUUCCGACCCUUGACAAGAUGCUGCUGCGCUCGCCCGACAUUGCGUGUGCCGGCGCUGCGACGCUGUUUUCCGCCGCACGCAUCGAUGCUACUGCAGUGCUGUCGCGUGUCCAGACGCCGGCGCUCGCCGCGCUCGGCUCGGCCAACGCGGCCACACGCAGCGGCGCACUGCGUCUCUUGGAAACACUGCUGCGCACCGCAACUAUCCAAGACGCCUACAUGGAUGCGGUGCUCAAAGCGUGCAAAGCGUGCGAGACGAGGAACGACGAGCAGCGCAGUGCUAUCUAUGCGCUGCUCCAACGCAUCCCGCCCGGCGCAUGGAGCACGCGCCUUCUGGAAGCGCUUGGCGCGCUCGUGCAAAAAGAGACACAGCCCGCGCCCUUGCACGCUGCAUGCACGGCAGCGUGGCGGCACACAACCGCCUCCCUUUCCCCAUCCCUGCUCAACGCGCUCGCGGCCAAGAUGCAAGCGCCGAAAAUAGCACUCCAUGCCGCCGUCAUGCAGUCGCUUGCUGCGCUGCACACGGCGCCGCCCGCGCUGCAUGACGCGCUGGCCCCUCUGUGCGAAGCGAGCGUAGAAAAAGGCGGCGCCGCGUCUUUCACAGCCCCUGAGUCCGCUUUGGAAGCGUGCGGCGCGGCUGCCUUCCUUGCGCUUGCCGCGCCAAAAGACGGCGCGUGCCCCGCGCUGCGGCCGCUACUCGAACCGAGCGACAAGAUGCCGUUUCUGCUCCAAGCGCGCGUCCUCCAAAAAAUGCACGAUGCGCAGCUCGAUGCCAGUGUGCACGUCCUUGCCCUGGAGCGGACACUUGCGUGGCGCCAAUGGUCCGUGCUGCACGAUGCAGCGUUGCAGUCGGCAGUUGUUGAGCUAGUGUACACUGCGAUCCUGCACCGCAUCUCUGUCCACGCACUGCUGCGCGCCAUGGCCACCCACGAUCGCCGCCUUUGCUUGCGCAUCGUCACGCGCGUUGUAUACACCAUGUUCCAGCGCGCUUCCCCUGCCUCUUUUUCGCGCGUGCUGCGCGAGCUUCUUUUUCUUCCGCUCGCGCACGAGCAAGCGCCGCUUGACGAUGCCGCCGCCGGCGAGCUUCUCAGCGAGCUUGUCGUCUACGCGCACCUCGCGCACCUUGACGAUGCCGAGCACGAGACAUUUGUGCAGCUGUGCCGCGCGGCUCGUUGCGACCCGUACCGCAUGGUUGCACAGCACCGCGCCGCGCUCCUCGACACUGUGCACGCCGCCCAAAACGACCCGCUACUCUGCGACGCCGCCGAGCAUGCCAUCUCGACGCUUGCGUUUAUCGCGCCCGACGCCAUUCUCGCCCCUGUCGCCGAGCGCGCUCUGCGCGACGCAGAACUUGACCGCCUCGCCGCCUUUUCCGCGGAGCAUCUCGCGAUUUGGGCCGCGCCGCACGACGUACCCUUUGUAAAUGUCGUACAUGCGCCGCGCAGCGACGCCGGCGCGCAAACGGGAAACAUGGAAAAGUGGGACGCGGAGGUGCGUGCAUCGCUGGCACAGAAAAAAGCACCGUCGCUCUCCAAAGAGCAGCAGCUCGCCAUCGCGCGCCAGCUCGACACGGAGCGCCAUCUCCGCGCGGAAAUUGACAGCGUGCGUGCGCGCAUUGCGACCGCCUUGCGCACGACCCAGCGCCUUGCGUGGAGCGGCGCGCCGAUCGGGCCAUACAUGGCCGCGCUCGCAGCGUCGGUGCGUGCGGCGCUGCGCCAUGCUUCUGUACGUGCGCUGGGGCUUGGCUCCUUGGCUGCCGCUACGCUCACCGCGCUUGCGUCGUGCUGCGAGGAGCGCGUCGCGCUCCUUGCGCACUUUGUCGUGCACGCCACGCUUCACGACGCCGAUCCUGCGCUGUGCUCGCCCGACUAUGCGCUGGGCUCCGUCGAGGCUGUCGAGCUGCGUGUGCUGUACGAGCUGCGCCUCUUGGUAGACGCCUCUCCUCUCACGCUUCCUAGCGCUGCCUUUUUUCUCCCAUGGAUUGCCGCCAUGGUCGAGCGCGCGCGCCUCACUGGCGACGAAGCACGCGACGACGCCGUGGUCGAGCGCGUGCAGCUUGCGCUCGAUAUCUUUGGCGCGCACAGCGCGCACGCCGCGCACGCCGACUUUCCCUGCGCCGCGGUUGUGCACGCUCUUCUCGCCGCUGCGCGCACCUGCUCCAUGCUUGCGCACGACGCGGUGCAGGUGCUGCGUGCGUACGGCGCGGCGAUUGCGCGCGCGCACCGCAACGCUACAUCGCUCGUGCAGCUCCUUUUGCACGCGGCGCUUUCGGAAGAGCGCCGCGUGCGCGACGGCGCGCUGCAGUGCCUCUUGCCGAUGGAUUUGACCGAGAUCGCGUUCAGUCCCGCGCUAUUCAUUGCCAUGCACGACGCCGACGAGGAGCUUGCCAAAAUUGCCGCGCAGAUCUGGACAGAGAAUGAUAUGGACGUGGUGCCGAGCUACACGGCGGUGCUUGUGCCUAUGCUCGAGCACGCACACCACUACACACGCGCCACCACGCCGCGUGCGAUUGCCAGUGCGUGUGCUGUGCAUCCCGACACGCUGGACGAGUUGCGCGCUGCGCUCUGUGCGCUCUACAGCGCAAAGAACUACUCGCUUGCGCCUGCCUACGACCAGUACGGCAUGGUCAUUGACGCGACGCUCAACCGCGAGGACCCAUGGCCAGCGCGCCUUGCUGUCGCGCAGACAUUUGUCGCGCUCGCGCCGCAGUGUGCGCCGGCGGAUCUCGUGCCUUUCCUCCAGUUUGCCCUGCCGAGUGGCGCGGCGCUGAGCGAUCGCGAGGAUGCUGUGCGUGGCGCAAUGCUCAGCGCUGCUACGCGCAUGGUCGAGCUGCACGGUGCCCCUGUCCUUGCUGCGCUUUUUGCCACGCUCGAGAGCGCGCUGCAGGAGCAAGGUGACGACCGCGUGGCCGAGGCGAGUGUGAUUCUCUUGGGGUGCGCCGCGCAGCAUUGCGAUGCGCAAGAUGCACAGGUGCAAAGGAUCGUCGACCGUCUCCUUGCCGCGCUCCGCACACCGUCCGAGAUGGUCCAGGAAGCCGCCGGGAGCUGUCUUGUGCCGCUGAUGCGCAACGAACUUGUCGCGCGUGCCAUGCCUUGCAUGGUCGACCAGCUCCUCGGCGCGCUGCUCCACGGCGAUACGUACGCGGCGCGGCGCGGCGCGGCGUAUGGCCUCGCUGGCGUCGUGCUGGGCGGCGGCAUCGGCCAGCUGCGCGCAUUGCGUAUCUUUGGGCGUCUCCGAGACGCCGUGCAGGAUACCAAAUCGAGGACAGGGCGCCAGGGCGUUAUGUUUGCGUACGAGGUGUUUGCGCGCACGCUACGCGUCCUCUUUGAGCCGUACGCCAAGGAUCUUUUGCAGGACAUGCUCCUGUGCUUUGGCGAUACGCACGCGGACGUGCGCGAAGCGACAAGCGACGCGGCGCGUGCGCUGAUGCAGAGCAUGAGCGGCCAGUGCCUCAAACUCACCCUCCCAGAGCUCCUCGCCGGUUUGGAAGAGAAGCAGUGGCGCACCAAGAAAGGCGCCAUUGAGCUGCUCGGCGCCAUGGCGUGGUGUGCUCCGCGCCAGCUCUCUGCGGCGCUGCCGACAGUGAUCCCGAGGCUGAGCGAGGUGCUGACCGACUCCCACACGCAGGUGCGCAACGCGGGGAACAAGUCGCUGAAGCAGUUUGGCGAGGUGAUCCACAACCCCGAGAUCCACCAGCUCGUUCCCACGCUCCUCAAAGCGCUCGUCGACCCGAAUGCCAAGACAAGCGUCGCGCUCCAAGCGCUCCUCGAUACCAAGUUUGUCCACUACAUCGACGGCCCCUCGCUCGCGCUCAUUGCGCCCAUCAUCGAGCGCGGAUUGCGCGAGCGCAGCGUCGCGGCGCAGAAACACGCGGCGCAAAUCGUGGGCAACCUCGCGUCGCUCACGGCCCCGCGCGACUUUGUGCCGUACUUGGCGCGCUACACGCCGCUUGUGCGCCACGUCCUCGUCUCGCCCGUGCCCGACGCACGGAGCGUCGCGGCGCGCGCGCUCGGCACGCUCGUCGAGCGCCUCGGCGAGGCCCACUUUGCUGCGCUGAUCCCCUCGCUGAUGCAGGUGCUGCAGACCAACGCCACCGGCGUCGAUCGCCACGGCGCCGCACAGGGCCUCGCCGAAGUGCUCGCGGGCCUGGGCCUCGAGCGCAUGGAGCACCUCCUUCCCAGCAUCAUUGCCAAUACACAGGCGCGCGCCGCGUACGUCCGCGAAGGCCACCUCGCGCUGCUCAUGUACCUUCCCGCGACGUUCGGCGCACGCUUUGUGCCGCACCUCGUGCAUAUCGUUCCCCCCAUCAUCGCGAGCAUCGCCGACGACGACGAGGCUGUGCGGGACGCGUCGAUGCGCGCUGGCCGCAUGAUCAUUGUGCACUACCAGGCCAAGGCCGUGGAGCUGCUCCUUCCCCAGCUCGAGCCGUGUCUGACGGAGCAUAGCUGGCGCGUGCGCUUGUCAGGGCUGCAGCUCGUGAGCGAGCUCCUCUUCCGCCUCUCGGGCAUCUCGCGCCACGCCGACACCGACGCCGACGCCGACGCCGACGAGGAGCGCGACGCGGCCGUGCCGAACUCGGCGCACAAGGCGCUCGCCGCGGCCCUCGGCGUCGAGCGCCGCACGCGCCUCCUUGCUGCGAUCUACAUCCUGCGCCAGGACCCCAACAUCCCCGUGCGCCAGGCCGCGGCGCACACGUGGAAAGCGCUCGUGCAAAACACGCCGCGCACCGCGCGCGAAACGCUCCCGGUGAUGCUCGAUCUGCUCCUCACACUCCUCGCGGCCGCGGGCUCGGAGCAGCGCGAAAUGGCAAGCCGCACCUUGGGCGAGCUCGUGCGCAAGCUCGGCGAAAAAAUUCUCCAGGAAACCAUCCCCAUCCUCGCACAGCGCGCCAUCCACGCGCCGGAAGCAGCCACACGCGCGGGCGUGUGUGCUGCCCUCACGGACAUUUUGAGCAACGCCACCAAGGCACAGCUCGAGGACCACCAGCAGGCGAUCAUGGCCAUUGUGCGCUGCGCCCUCGUCGACGCCGCGCCAGCGGUGCGCCAAGCCGCGGCGCAGGCCUUUGAUAAAGUGCAGCGCCAUCUCGGCAGCCACGCGGUGGAUGCGACACUCCCUACUUUGCUCGACGCACUGCACGACGAGCAGCGUGCAUCGACAGCACUCGCUGCGCUGCGCGAAAUGGUGCGCACGCGCGCCGACGCCAUCUUCCCGCUGCUUGUUCCCGCGCUUGCACAGGUGCCGAUGCGCGCUGCGCAGGCCACCGCGCUCGCCGCCUUGGUCCCGGUGGCCCACGCAGCGCUCGCGCCCCACAUUAGCGCGAUUCUCAGCAGCGCCGCGCGCACACUGCUCGACGCGCGCGUCCCUGCGCUCGACCUUGCGCCGCCCAUGGCGCCGCUUGGCGAGGCCAUCGACGCGGUCUUUUCGAGCAUUGCCAGCGUAGACGCACUGCACCAGGCCAUGGUGCAGCUCCUCGGCUGGAUGGGCUCGCGCGAAGGCGCGCCCAGGCGCGCCCAGGCAUGCCAGCUCUUUGUGCGCUUCUGCCGCGCGGCGCCGCGCGACCUCGACUGGAGCGAGUACGCGGUGGACUAUGUGCGCCGGCUCGUGUCGCUCAUGGACGAGGACGAGGAGGAAGCGCUGUACGCGGCGUGGACUGCGCUCCAGGCGCUUUUGGAUGCACACCCCAAGGACGCGUGCACGCCACUGGUGGUGCCGCUGCGCCGCGCCUUGGCGUCGGUCGGCGCCGCGGGCACGCCUUUGCGCGGCCUGCAGCUCCCGCGCGGCGCCCAGCCCUUUGUCGCGCCUUUCCUUUACGGACUGCUCCACGGCAAUGUGGAGCAGCGCGAGGCGGCGGCGGCGGGGCUUGCGGAGCUUGUGGAAAAGUCGGGCGCGGAGGAGAUCAAGCCGUUUAUCACCUCGAUGGUCGGGCCGCUCAUCCGGCUCUGCGGCGAUCGCCAUGCACCCCCGGUGAAAGUUGCGAUUCUCGACGCGCUCGAUACCAUGGUCCGCCGCGUGCCGCGCCUUGUCCGUGCAUUCUACCCCCAGCUCCAGCGCAGUUUCCAAAAAGCCCUGGGCGAUCCCAGCAGCAACACGGUGCGCAUGCACGCGGGCGCAGCGUUGGGGCGUCUCAUGGCGCACCAAACGCGCAUCGAGCCUGUCGUGCUUGAGCUGGUCCACGCCAUGCAAGCGUCGCUACACGGCGUCCACUCCAAUGCCGACGGUGUGGAUGUGGGCGAUGCGAUGGCCAUGGCGCUCGUGCACGUCUUGGAGCACGCGCCGCCCGAGAAGCGUGCCGACGCGCGUGCACACACGCUUGAUGUGCUGCGUGCCGCAUUUUAUGCGCCAACCGAGCCGCGCGACGCGAUGAAAAAAGCCAUGGCCGCGCUCAUGGCUGCCAUGCUGCGCUUUGACUCGGCGUCGGUGGUGGAUACCAUGCGCGAGACCAUGCUGUCGCCUGUGCCGACCGAUGUGCAGCUUGCUGCGUGGAGUGUCGGUGCGUGUAUGGACGUGGCGCCAGAGGCGCUGUAUGCCAUUGCCGACCCUGUUGCUCUUGCGCGGCAGGUAGCGGCAUGGCUCAACGACGCGCCGUCUGUUGCGCGCCCCGCGAGGGAAGCGCGCGACUUGCUCAAACGCACGCCGCCGUGGAGCGACGACGAGCGCGUGCAACAUGCUCUGUAG